AUGGCCGACGUGCUCGACAUCGCCGGUGAACCGGUCUUCGACGAGCGCAUCGUCGGCCUCGAGACCCACACGUACAACCCGUACGCUAACACCUCGUUUGGAUACAGCGACGAGAUACGGAUUCCCAUACAACAGCAGGAUCUGUACACGUUGCCAUACGAGAGCUACCUGUACAUCGAGGGUACGUUCUCGAUCGUCGGGACGGCGGCUGGAGAGGGAGAUGGCGGAGCGGCGCACACGAACCAGGCGCGACUGGUGAACAACUGCGCGGCGUUCCUGUUCGACGAGAUUCGUUACGAGCUCAACGGCAUUGAGAUAGACAGGAGCCGAAACAACGCGGGAUGGAGCGUGGUGAACAACACGUCGGGACCGGGUGAUUUCAACCUCUGCGUCCCUCUCGGGACGCUGCUGGGCUUCUGCGAGGACUACAGACGCGUGGUGAUCAACGCGCGACACGAACUCGUUCUGAUUCGCGCGCGCAACGACAUCAACUGCGUCGUGCUGUCAAGCGACCGACACGAGCCGAAGAUAGACCUGCACAAGAGCACGACCGCGCACACCUGGGCCGUGAAAGCGGCUACGCAGCUGGAAAAGCCGCGCUACGUCAUCUUCGCGCUGCAGACCGGUCGAAGGAACAUCGCAACGAAGGACGCCUCUCUGUUCGACGAGUGCAACCUCUCCAACGUGAAGCUUUUUCUCAAUUCGGAGUUCUAUCUCUACGACGACAUGCAUCUGGACUUUACGAAAAAUCGAUACGCGGUGCUGUACGACAUGUACGCCAGAUUCCGCAGAGCGUAUUACGCGCUCGAUCGGGACGACGACGGUGCGAUGCUGACGCUGAGUAAGUUCCUGCCCUGCGGUCCGCUCGUGGUGAUAGGACUGCUCGAGGCAGAACGAGUCGGUGAAGAGCGCCACCGUUGA